AUGACAGCCCCGCAGACCAUUGAGCUGGGCUCCGUCCUCAUCACGGGUGGCUGCGGCUUUCUAGGCUCUCACAUCGUCGACCAGCUCCUCAACUUCCCCUCUGAAGCCUCCGAAACCUCCAGUAAAGACCAACAAUACAUCCCCAGCCCCAUUCGGAAACCCAAUGGCGAGCCCGACACCCGUUUUAACCUCCCCCGCCUUACGGGCCGCUAUCCAACCUACAAAAAUACAAAGGUCUCCGUGCUCGACCUGCGGGUAGUGCACAAUCGAUUCCCGGGCGCAGACUACUAUGAAGGCGAUAUUACGUCCAUUGAUUCUCUCCUGGAGGUGUUUCGGAAGGUAAAACCGGAUGUAGUCAUCCAUACCGUCGCUCCAGUGUUGCUCCAACGAGAUGAUACCAUUAUGUAUAAGAUCAAUGUUCUUGGGACGAAGAAUUUGGUUGAGGUUGCUGGUGGGCUGAAGGGGGAUUGGGGUGGGGUUUGCAAGGCGUUUGUCUACACGAGUUCUUCAUCUGUGGUGCACGAUUGCGUUAGUGAUCAGAUUCGGGUGGAUGAGAGGUGGCCGCUGAUGCUUGGAGAGUUGCAAAAUGAGUAUUACACAGAAACCAAGGCCGAAGCCGAAGUGACAGUUCUGAAAUUCAACAAAACUGCACCGUCAGGCAUGCUAACCACCGCCAUACGGCCCGCUGGCAUCUUUGGUGAGCGCGACACAACCUUAACAAAGGGCAUGGCCGACCACGGGCGCAAGGCCUCCCCUUUCGUCCUGCGCUUCCAACUCGGCACAAACGACAAUCUAUUCGAUUUCACCUACGCCGGCAAUGUCGCCUACGGCCACACGCUAGCCGCCCACUGCCUGCUGGAAACUUACAAGCGUCUGAAAUCUGGCGGUGCCGCCCCACUGGACUAUGAGCGUGUCGACGGCGAGGCGUUCAACGUCACCAACGACAGCCCCGUGUACUUUUGGGAUAUGGCCCGGAGUAUCUGGGCGUACAUGGACAAGAUCGUCGAGCCGGAUAAGGCUAUUGUGCUGCCUGAGGGGGCGCUGACGAUUAUUGGGGGUAUGUUGGAGACGGUGUACGGGUUGUUUGGGAAGAAGCCGAGGUUGUCCAGGAAGGAGGUUAGGUUUUCGUGCAUGACGAAGUAUUAUUCGUGUGAAAAGGCGAAGCAGAGGCUUGCGUAUACGCCUGUAGUGCCGAUGGAUGAAGGUGUUGCUAGAGCUAUGUUAACAGUGUUGCAGAGGGAGCAGGCUCCUGAGGGGAAGAAGGCGUUAUUUGAAGGCACGAACACCGGCUGCCAAUUAACAGCACAGGAAGAUGAUUCUGCGUGUCCCGGACUCGGCCGAGUUUGUAAAGGCCUAAUUUCCACGGCCCCAGCAAAACUUCCUGUUGGGGAAGAGGGGUUGAUGACUAAUCCAACUAAUGGACAUUCCAUUAGCCAGGGCUUGGGAACCAUGGAAAUACCGACAGACCUGCAGGCUCUCUCUCAACCCGUGGAUGCCAACCUAGCACCAAACUGCCUUGUGACUCUUUGUUUCAACUGGAAUAAACCCUCCUCGACCACGACUGGCGACCCUCAGGAAGAGGAAAGAGAAGAAGAAGAAGUAGAGUGUGUGAGAACAGACAGACUGGGAGAGAUUAAAGAUAGAGAGAAGGGGUAUAUAUGGAAGGAGGAGAGAAGGACGAUUGUUAUAGCAUAUCGCAGCUGCAUCGCAUCCGUUUCUCGACGAUUCAUACAGACAGACCGUAUCUCCCGAGUAUCCUAA